GUUAUACAAGUGGAUGUUAAAGGGGAAUGUGGUAUUCAUUACGGCGAAAUACGACAUCAUCCUAAACUCUACUGACAAAAGCACACACGAGCUGUGUAGGGAAUUACAUUUACCUAUGAAUGUGAAUUCUAGCACUGUCGAGUGCAAUUUUAUCGAACCCGGAAUCCUGACGAUUGAAGCCGAAGCUAGUGAACCAAAAGCACCAAUUAGCCCAACAAAUCCUCGUUGCGGAAACGAAUGGACUCCCGAUUUGAGCAGACAAUCCAGGAGAUUUUUGAAAGCAAACUAUCGACCUGCAUGCGCUGUCGACCCGAGGCGAGUAACAUUUAACGAACCCGUAAUUUUGAAUAGAAAGCAUGAUUUUCAGGCAAACACAAGGCAAAUUUCUAAUCAAUCCCCCAACAAUUGUGAGCCCUACAAUCGGCUGUCGUCUAGCAACUUCAUUCCCAGAAGCAUCGUUCGGGAUGCCAGGGUAAGAUCUCCCGAACCUCUUUAUUUUCAACAACAACAACAACGGCUAGAAACUGUGACUUCUCCUUUGAUAAAGGAAAGUCCAGACCGGUCAAGGAAAGCAAUAUAUUUUCCUCGUUACUCAAAUUCUGUGACGCCGAGUCCUGUGCAGUCUCAAAAACGGUAUGGGUUCAGAGUAGAAAUCGGGACCCACAUCACUCCGGAUGACUUAACCAUCACGAGACAUAACGGAGUGCUUGUUGUUCACGCCAAACGUUAUUUGCUGGGGAGCUUGUUCCGGUCGCGAGAUCGUUCAGAGAAACUGAUUUUUGAACACCGAAGUGAACAUACGUUACCCGGUAACAUAGCGCUGGAUAAACUAACAGCCCGACUUGAAAACGGAAUUGUCUACGUAGAUGCACCAUACGUUGCAUCAACAGCACCCCAACUUCCCUCUUCGCUAUGUGGAACGAACGCUAAGAUACCUGUGAAAGUAACCCCGUAUCGAUUCAGAUCCUGA